GAGAAACCAAAAAUACUCGGCUUUGACAUUCUCCAAAAUCACAAAAUUUCCAUGUCUUGAAAAAAUAUAUAUAUGUAGACUAUAUCUUCAUUGCUAGCUCAUCAUCAACUUGUUUAACACUCGGGUAAAAGGAAAUGAAGGAUGGAAUUGCAGAGAUGGCUCUAGCCAGCCUUGGGAAAGGAUUCGAUUUAACAUCUGAUUUCCGCCUCAAGUACUGCAAAGGAAAACGCCCGCUGGUUUUGCUGAACGAGGCUGAGAAACGAGACCUGCUGCUGCCUGGUUUUGGGCUUCUCAGAGACGUUUCCGUCGAUAUCAAAUGCGAUAAAGGCGAUCGAGUUCGAUAUCAAUCUGAUAUUCUCGACUUCCAUCAGAUGUCUGAAUUGUUCAACCAGAAAGCAUCAGUCCCUGGGAAAAUUCCAUCUGGGAUGUUUAAUGCUAUGUUUGGAUUUCAAAGUGGUUCGUGGGCUAGAGAUGCGGCCAAGACAAAGUACUUGGCCCUUGAUGGUUACUUCAUCGUCCUCUUCAGUCUUCACAUCCAUCGCUAUCCGCUUCUCCUCUCUGAGGAUGUUCGAAAUGCUGUUCCCUCUACCUGGGAUCCCUGCGCUCUCGCCAGGUUCAUAGAGAAAUACGGAACCCACAUUGUGGUGGGGUUGAGCGUGGGCGGCCAGGAUGUGUUGCUGGUGAGGCAAGACAAAUCUUCCACAAUGGAGCCAUCCGAGCUUAAACAACAUAUAGAGGAACUUGGAGAUCAGCUUUUUACAGGCUCCUGCACCUUCUCUCCAAUCCAUGCCAAAUCCAAAGAACACAACAAAAACAAGGCACCACAAGCAUUCAAUCUUUUUGACCCGCAGCCUCUCCCCUUCAACAGCUUCUCCUCCGUCUCCGCCAAAGAUGGUAUAACAGUGAUAAGCUCCAAGAGAGGCGGGGAAGCAUUCGCAGAGAGCCACUGCGAGUGGCUUCUAACAGUACCGUCAAUGCCGGAUGCAGUCCAGUUCAGCUUUAUUCCUAUCACCUCUCUCCUCAAAGGUGUACCCGGCAGAGGCUUCUUAUCCCACGCCAUCAAUCUCUAUCUUCGAUACAAGCCUCCAAUAUCUGAUUUACAGUACUUUCUGGAAUUCCAAGUGCACAAACUAUGGGCUCCUGUUCACAGUGAUCUCCCACUAGGUCCUACCACGAAUAUGGCUGUUGCAUCGCCUGCCCUCCGUUUCAAUUUGAUGGGUCCUAAACUAUACAUAAACACUAGUCAGGUUACAGUAGGGAGGAGACCUGUUACAGGCAUGAGGUUGUAUCUUGAGGGCAUGAAGUGCAACAGGUUAGCCAUCCACCUCCAACAUUUAUCAAACACCCCAGUGAUGCUUCAAAACCUCAUAGACGAUACACCGAUGUGGCGAGGAUCAGAAGAGGUGACGGAUGACCGAUUCUUGGAGCCUAUCCACUGGAAAAAGUUCUCCCACAUAUGCACGGCAUCAGUUAAAUACGACCCCAGCUGGUCAACCCGAGAAGAUGUGUCCUUCAUCGUCACCGGAGUUCAGCUUCACGUGAAGAAGCACGACUCCAAGACUGUUCUCCAUCUCCGACUUCGCUUCUCCAAAGUUCGGAAUUCUUUCAUAGCCCAGAAAAAUUGGAUGCAAGGGGCAUCAGAAGGUUCUCAGAAGUCGAGCUUUUUCUCGGCCAUAAGCACGUCGAUAACAGGCAGCUCAGAGAAGGAGAAACAAGUGGUGGUGGAUUCUAGUGUGUAUCCUGAUGGUCCUCCAGUGCUUGUGCAGACACCAAAGCUUUUGAAAUUCGUAGAUAUGUCACAGGUAACUAAGGGGCCACAGGAUAGUCCUGGACAUUGGCUAGUCACAGGAGCAAUGCUCCAGAUGGAGAAGGGGAAGAUACGUCUACAUGUUAAGUUCUCUCUCCUCAAUCUCUCCUCACCAGAGAGACCAAGUCAAGAUUAAUGUAUAGAGAGACUGCCGUAGUUGCAAGAACUACUUCAAAUACACACAAUGCCAGAGUAGUUACUACAUCAUGUUCAUAUAAAGCAGCGGAUCAACAUCAAAGCUAAUGUAAGAAAGUUCCAGAGAACUUGAAUACUUCUUUUUCCUCUUAUAGAAAUUGUUUUACAGAGCAAUUGUAUCAUACUUUUUUGAUUUUUUAAAUUAAAAUGUUUGUGCUUAUAGAAGGAUUGAAGACAAAAACAUAAUAGAAAUAAUAUAUUAUGGUACGGCCUUGUUAUGGAGGGCUAGAAUUCUCUUCA